AUGGAGGCUUUAUCCUUCAUGAUUGAAAAGGAGAGAAGUGAAGGGAUUUUUUCAGGUAUUCAAACUCCUUUGAACGGACCAAUGGUUUCUCAUUUGUUUUAUGCGAAUGAUGUUAUUAUUUUGGGGGACUGGUCUAAUAGCAAUAUUGCUAAUAUGGUUAGAAUUCUUCAGGUCUUUCAUAUAUGCUCCGUUUUAAAGAUCAACAUUGCUAAUUCUAAUUUAUAUGCGAUUGGAGUUUCUAACGGGCAGAUAAAGAACAUGGCCGAGGUUAUUGGGUGUCAAGCUGAUGAGUUUCCGUUCAGGUACCUUGGAUUGAUAGUGGGUGCUAAUAUGAACAGGGUCUCUAAUUGGAAGCCGAUGUACAAUUUAGUUGAUGCGAGAUUGGCGAAAUGGAAUGCGGCUUUGCUUUCUAUCGGAGGAAGAAUCACCUUAAUUAGGUCGGUUUUGGAAUGCCUUCCGAACUAUUAUUUUUCUCUUUAUAAAGCUCCGGUUCAAGUUGUAAAGGAUAUUGAAGCAAAAAUAAGGAAUUUUUUAUGGGGUGGUAGUAACUCGGUGAGCAUGGUCCAUUGGGUGGCUUGGGACCGGGUGGCUAUGCCUUUGGAUAAAGGAGGAUUGGCCCUAAACAAACUAAAGAACAUUAAUAUUUCCUUGUUGGUUAAAUGGGGUUGGCGUUUUAAGGUGGACAAAGACAAACUGUGGGUUAAAGUGAUAGAAGCGGUUCACAAGUCGAGAUCUAAUUGGGAUGUUUUUCCGGUAAAAAAAAGUAUGGGGGGGGGGUUGGUGCAAUAUAGUGAAUCUGAUGGAAAAGACAUUGGUUGA